AUAGCUUGUAUUUCAGUCCUCAUUGUAAAGCAGUGAAAGUGGUUUCUCGCGCUGAUAAGGAUUUUCUCAUGUAGUAUUUAUUUAACUUAGUGUACCAUGGCGUCGCGGCCGUACCAAGGCUACCCGUAUGCCAACCCGCACGUGACCGACGCGCCAUCUAUCGACGCGGCCACCGCUAGUCGGUGGAACAACUUGCCCCGCCGUCCCCUCCAGCCGCCACAACCAAGGCAUAUCAACACGGACGGACAGAAACCGGUAUCCAGUAAGAAAAAUCCGGACUCCGAGCCGGAUCCAGUAAUAUAUAUAGACGUACCGGACGACGAUGCUAGCGAUGUGUCCUCGCCAAGCCGGAUCCGGGCCAAGUCCGACUCGGAACCGGAUCCGGUGAUUUAUAUAGACGUGCCGGACGGCGAGGGCAGCGAUGUCGCCGGACCGGCGCGGCCGGAUCCAGAACCGGAAUAUGUGCAAGAGACGAUAUUCUACGACCCGUUCGAGAACCGGCGGAUAGACCGGCACAAGGCGUCCGGCACGCCGCACUCGGAGUCCGGCGCCGGACCAUCCCGGCCGACGCCGCCGAACACUUUGGAGCUGCGCGGGCCAUCCACUUCGUCAAGCUACCCCAGCUCUCCCUUCACCACUCCAGAAUUCCUCUCAAAAGAGUCUUCCAUCUACGGACGGGACGACUUUACCCUCUCUCCCCUCCCCCUAGGACCUUACCCUGAUCUGCCGCCGGCGUAUAGUGAGAUAGACACACGCACGCCAGCGACGCCACAAAGGACUGAGGAUACGCCAACGACACAAGAGCCUCCAAGAACUGUUGUUAUUACUCCAGGCUCCAACAACCGGCCGCCGGAGUCCUCGAUGAGCAUAGGGCUCCCGAGCCCGGACCGGAAAGUGGUGCACUGCCAGCACUGUAUGCACAGGGUGCACACGCUGGUCAUAUGGGAAGUAGGGCUGCUGUCCCAUAUCAUCGCGUUCUUCCUAUUCUUCUUCGUGAUGCCCAUGGUUGUCUUCGUGUACUGCACAAACCUGUUCAAAUACAAGAACCAUUACUGCCCGAACUGCAACAAGAAGAUCGGAUACGAGAUGCCAGCACUGUGCGUCAAGAUGACUUACAAGAAACCUGACACGGGAUAGCCAUAGAAAA